CGUACACUGAAUUGUUAAGUAUGAAGUUGAGAACUAAUACUACUUCAUUGCAAUUUACUUUAUUAUAAGUGUUUUGCAUAAGCAAUAUCUUCAAAAAUAGUUCGUAAAUUCAAGACAUGGUUUAGAAUAUAUAUGUGCUACAAAACAUGGACAAUCCGCUUUACAGAGAAAAUCAAGAUUCUGCACUUGAAGAAACAAAUGGGAACAACACUGUAGAAUCUAUGACUAUGUUCGACCGUGUGUUUAAAAGAGAAUCUUUCUGGACUAAAUACCGUUCGUUUCUGUGCGCUGUUGGUGGUUUGUUAGUUGGUUGUUUUAUUACUGUUGGAUUUUGUUAUCUCUUCUUUAAUUUAGGAAAAAAACAAAACGACGGAAAUGUUCAGUCAAGUUUAGUGGGUGCCAGUCAACAGGAAGAAAAUCGAAUUUCCAGUGUAAUUGAAGACGUGAACAAGACUAAAGAAGAUCUUAUGGUUAUUCACGAUAUGAGAAAAGAAUUAAUUAACUAUCUGACGGAUAUUAAAAACACUUCGCUGAAAGAGCUUUUGAUUGUGGAGACGUCUUUUGAUGCGACUAUGCAACUACUUAAUGAUAUACGUCAAAAAAGUGAACAAGAGCUUUCUAAUAUGAUAGAAACAGGAAAACAAAUGUCGGAACUGAAUACAGAAUUCCGUGAAAGCAGUAACGCUGCGCAUUUAAGCAUGAUCGAAUCAAGAAACCAAAUGUCGGAAUUUCGUACAGAAAUGAGAAAAAAUAACUUAAAUGAAACAAGAAUCAUACAACAGUGGAGAAAUGAAAGUCAGAUACAGAACCAAGAGUUUCGGAUGAAAAGUCAAAAAGAUCUCAAGUCCUUUCAGAAAAUGAGAUACGAUAUAUUGAAAGUCUUAGCAGCUACUGACAUGUGUGUGCGGAACGAAACUUUCAACAUGACAGAACCAACACAACCUACAGAGAUAGACUACACACUGCGGGAUUGUCUAGCGUGGAAACAGAAUGGUAGCUUGACUGAUGGGGUAUACAGUAUUAGUCCUGAUGAUACAACGACACUUGAUGUAUACUGUGAUAUGACAACAGACGGAGGAGGCUGGGUUGUGUUCCAAAGGCGAUUUGAUGGCAGCGAAAAUUUCUUCAGGGGCUGGCAGGCGUAUGAAGAUGGUUUUGGAGACAUCAACGGAGAGUUUUGGAUAGGGAAUAAAUAUAUUCAUAUCUUAACUCAAGUCCCUACUGAGCUACGCAUUGACUUAAUGGCUUGGGAUAACCAGAAGGCGUAUGCAAAGUACUCCACGUUCAUUAUUGGUGAUGCUGAAUCAAAGUAUACGCUAUCUGUUGAUAAUUUCAGUGGAGAUGCUGGUGAUGGUUUAAAUUAUCACCAUGGACUGAAGUUCAGUACCUUUGAUCAAGAUAACACACAAAGACACACAACAUGCGCUGCCAGGAACAAGGGAGCAUGGUGGUACAAAGCUUGCAGUCACUCCUCGUUGAACGGGGAAUACCUAAAAACCAAUGGCAUAGCUGAUCAAAAUAUGGGAGUCAACUGGGAAAAAUUCAAAGGAGACCAUUACUCAUUAAAGUCGACCUCCAUGAUGCUUCGUAGGAAGACAUAAAAAGCAAUGAUUGAAACUGAGGAACUUAUUACAUGUGUUCAAUAUUAUAAAGCCACAUUAUUUCUUUGAAAAUGCAAUAUUAAUAACAAAACUAUUUUUUAAAGAUUUCAUCAAUUCAUCUGUUCAUUUUGAAAUAUCUCUGUAUGAAAUAUAAGUAUAUACAUUUGUCCGCAACAACCGAUAACAAAAACUACUUGAAGAUGUAACAAUCCCUAUUACAAAAAUAUCUAUACUAAGAGAAAUCGAAAAAUUGGCAUUAUGAAGUGACUUGAAUUUAGCGGGUACAUAUCAAAAUUUAAAAAAGAAUUUCUGACAGUCUUCUUCGAUUUUCCAAAACGUAACCAUUAAACGUCGAUAUGAUAGGGCAUACUAUCAGAAGAAAUAUUAAUAAUAACAUGCGUUUGCUAUAACCUUUAUUUUUUAUCUAAAGUAUUAACGAUUCAAUACCUCAAUUUGUAGAGACAUUAAAUCAUAUCACAAAUUUAAAGUCAUAUGAAACGAGUUUCUUGUAAUUUUAAUGUUAUCGAAAUUGUUGAACCAAUGCUAGCAUAUAUACAAAACUAAGUCUUGCAUGCAUGUUUUUCAUAUUUAUUACGAAUCUAUAACGUAUUAUUGACAAAUAACAUUAUAUUCAGUGAUUGUUGAUCGCAGGCAAAUUAACUUUCGAGUUUGUUGCCGAAGUUUACCGGAUCGUGACAUUAAUAAACAAUCAAUUAAGAUCACGUGGAGCUUGUGCCAAAUGAGUGACUUGAUAGAGCCAUGAUAUCUGUUGUUAUAUUUUCCAUGCAUUCCCAUUUGUUAAUUAAAUUUUCCUUAAGAGAUGUAAAA